GGCAUGAGACCAAAAGAUAAACAAUUCUUUUCUUUAUAUCAUAAAUGUAGCUCUUACUAAAGUGAACAAAGAUGGACAGUGAGGUACAGAGAGAUGGGAGAAUACUGGAUUUGAUUGAUGAUGCAUGGAGGGAAGAUAAAUUACCAUAUGAAGAUGUGGCAAUACCACUGAAUGAGCUUCCUGAGCCAGAGCAAGACAAUGGUGGCACCACAGAAUCUGUGAAAGAACAAGAAAUGAAAUGGACUGACUUGGCACUGCAGUAUCUUCAUGAGAACAUUCCUCCAACAGGAAAUUAGCCUACCAGUAAUACUUCCUAUUGUAGUUUCUAUAGAAAAUAUUUCUAGCAGCUUUUUGUCACUCUUAAGAUGGAAAGAAAGUUCCUGCUUCUGAGUCAGUGAUCAAGCUUUUGGCCUUGACAUGUUCACACAACUUUUAGUUUGUUGACAUUUCCUAGAAAUAUACUUCUAGGUAUCAGGGUUUGUGUGUUUUUAAUGAUGCAGCAGGAUCCAUUAAUACGAAAUCUUUAUCACUGUAGCAAUAAACAUCAGCAAAACGUAGAUGGUAAAUGCCUGUCUCAAUUUGGAA